CUGGAGGUACUCGAUAGCGCCCAAAAUCCUGAGAAGCUCGGAAAUGUCGUUUGGGAAAUGUUGCCGCAAGUUUUGGCCGCUGGGCAUGAAAUGAACAUUCACAACACGACAAACGUUUUGAAGCUCGCUGUCAUAUUGGAACCGAAUGAAAUGUCAGGAAUAGCCCUAGUUCGUUUCUUGUAUCAGCUGAUAAUGUUCAUUCUCAAAAACGAGUAUGACUCAAAUCUUGUUUCUUUGGGGAUCAGAAACGCUUAUUGUCUUUUGCAACUGUGCAUUCGCCGGAAUGUCGUUCAAGGUAUCACGAUGUUUACAAAGGAACCGAGGCUCAUCACAGUUCUAAAAAAUGUCGCAUUCGCUAAAAAGGAUCCAGCCCUUUCGUACAUUUGCUUCCGUUGCUUGUCGUUCCUCAUCAGCUGCCAAGCAAAGUACUCGAUCCAGUGCCCAGACUGUUUGGAAAUAGAAUUGGAUGACUUACUCAAAGAGAUGUCUGUCGACGAGUGUUCAGGCGCCGUCGAGCUUGCCACCGUGAUGCUAAUCGGGAAAGUCGAGAAUCCCGUAAUCAAGUUGAAGAAAAUGUCGCCUGGUUCGAGCUCCGAUAACGUGAUAAUCGCGUUCUAUCUCCAGCUUCACGGGAAUCUCGCUAAAAGUGGACCUGCGGAUAGAGAAUUGUUGUAUAUCCUGCUUGUGAAGCUGCUUGAUUAUUGCAAGGCGGUGGGUAAUCUAAAAAUUCUGAAGAAUCUUUGCGAGCAGCCGUGGACUUGCAUCAUUAUAAAAAUGACGAUAGAGGCAAAUCGGUCAGUGAUGGAUUCCGACUUCAUGGUAUUCGUCUCCAACUGGCUCUUUCACCGGUAUUAUAUAUCACGAAGUUAUUCUGCUCCACGGGAACACCGGUCCCUCUGCCGAGAUCAGUUCGAUACCACCCUCGAUCUCAUAGGGAAGGCUUCUCUCGCCACCUACAGGAAGUAUCCCAAGAGAAGUUCACUCCGCGAACUUAUAGACAUCCUGAUGAUCUUCCAAGAUCAAUUUUCAGAGGAUGUAGCGGUCGAGAUGAUGGAUUUGGAGAUACGGCUUGGCAAAAAUUAAGUCCGCACUUAUAGUAGCAAUUUGAUAUUCCGAAUUACAUAGUUACCUUAUGGUUAUAAAAUUAAAAAAUAAUUAAUUUUUAU